CACGAAUCUCUCUGUUUUUAUCACUCUCUAGUCUCUCCUCCAUCUCCUUUGAAUUACCGGAAGAGAAAAAGGGAACCCACAACCAGAGCCCAUUCAGACUGCCAAAAAUAUAUAAAGUUCCUUCUUUUUUUAAGAGAAAUAAAAAAUAGAAAAGCGACAAAUAGUUGCCAUUAUUGUUCCCUCCCUCUAUAUCUUUGCUUUUUCAAGGCUUUUAUUCUUCUUGUUUCUCCUUUCCCUUGGUGGGGUUCCCUUGAUCUGCUUUUCUGUUGUGUUUCCUUUGGCCCCUCCCAGUUCUUUGGUUUUAUAGCUCUUAGUUCAUCACAGCUGCUUCUGAUCUCUCUUCUGGUUUACAGAACCUCUUCUUAUCCUAGUUUCAGCUCCUUUUCCUAUACUUAACCUCUUCCUUUUGACUGUUUCAUGGAUUUGAGCUGCGGCUAGGUCCUUAAGUGGGAUUCCUUGAAUUUCUUGCACGUAUCUGGCGAUUGCAACGAACGUGAAGUUGAUUUUCCAUCUGGGUUUGUUGCUGUAGUGUUGAAAAACAUGAAUGGUAGUAGGUCAAGAAAUGAGGAGAUGUCUCCUCAGCUGCUGGAUUUGAUCCCAACGGACCGAGAGCGGCAUGAAAACAGGGAUGAGGAAAGAAGCCACCACAAGUCGUCAGAAGAGAGGAAACUUGAGCUUAGACUUGGUCCGCCUGGUGAAGAAGACUAUGUCGCCAGAGGAAGAGGCGAGUCUCUGCUCUCUCUUGGUUACUCCUCAGCCUCCAUUAAUGGAGGCCAAACCCAGCAGAAGACUGCGUCUUCUCCUUGGGGUUCCACAGGCUACCAUGAGAAGAAGACUCAGAACAAUAAUCAACACAAAGGGGUUUCAUCAUUCCUACAACCUCAACCCUCUUCUGCAAACACAGCUGUACCCAACAGCUCUCAGAAAAGCAGAACUGCUCCUGGUCCAGUGGUGGGGUGGCCUCCAAUUCGUUCAUUUAGGAGGAACCUUGCAAGUAGUAGCUCUUCUAAGGUGCCUCCUCCUCAUCAACAUGAGUCUCAGAAUCAGCAUGUGGUUGAAGAUAAGGUUGCUGGGAAAAAACCUGUGGCUGACAACAACGUUGUUGGUGGUAAAGGCCUGUUUGUGAAGAUCAAUAUGGAUGGAGUCCCCAUAGGCAGAAAAGUGGACCUCAAUGCUUACGAUAGCUAUGAAAAACUCUCCUUUGCUGUUGACGAACUCUUUAGAGGCCUCCUUGCUGCUCAAAGAGAUUCCUGUGGUGGUGUGAUUCAGAACAAGCAAGAGGAAGGGAAAGCCAUCACAGGUUUAUUGGAUGGAAGUGGAGAACACACUCUGGUUUAUGAGGAUAACGAAGGAGACAGGAUGCUUGUUGGGGAUGUGCCGUGGCACAUGUUCGUGUCAACAGUAAAGAGGCUGCGCGUAUUGAAGAGUUCUGAGCUCUCUGCUUUUACUCUUGGUAGCAAGCAAGGCAAAAAUACCUCUUGAAUGGGCACGGAAAUGCAAGACAUGGCUGUUUGAGGAGGUCACUGCUGGAACUUGAAGAGUGUUUUUUACCCUUUUGUCCCCCCUGGUGUUUGAUGAAAGAUCAGAGAAUGAAAUAGUUAGUAUAGAAUGGUAGCUUACAUUUUAACAUUAAGUAACGUGUAUGAAUCUCUGCUUGUUCAUGAAGAUUUGAAAUGUUCUGUUAAGUAACCAUUGACUUGUUUUGGUUUGUAACCUUGUUCGAGUUCCAUAUCUCUGUACAUUCUGUGAAUAGGGUGGUUAAUUUUGCUGUUGGUUUUGACA